AUGCUAAGCACAUUGUUCAACACCAUACGACAACAAAUUAUUGGACACUUCCAGUCGAGUGUUCCUACGACAGCAACCACUCAAAGACCUGUAUUGGCUUCUCUCAGUCAUCAUCAUCAUGGCUCCAAGGCAUCAUGCCAUCAUCAUGACACACAUACGACCUGUUUGCCAUCUUUCCCAUCAUUGCCAACCACUUCUCUGUCCUCCUAUUCCUCAAACAACAUAUUUGUCAUUUGUGUCGAUGGCAAUAUUGGUGUUGGUAAAAGCUUGUAUUGCCAUCUUAUCCAACAAUUUAUUAAGCGAGAAUUCAAUGAUAUUCCACUGUGUCAUGUGAUUGAGAGUGUUGAGAAGAAUAUUGAUUUAUUCAAACUCUAUCUCUCCAACCAACGUGAAUAUGGUCUUGAAUUUCAAAAAUGGAUUAUUAUAGACAAGGUCGAGCAAUUUGUCGAACAGUACAAACAAACAAACUCGAAGCGAAUGAUUGUGCUCAUGGAUCGAUCCCUGUUGGCUGAUCGUCAUGUGUUUGUUCGGAAUUUAGUAGAGAAGAAUCUCAUGACAUCAGAGCAACAUGCCAGCUAUGUUGAAUAUUUCGAACAUUUGUUAGAGAAAUAUCCAAGAAACUUGUUUUAUCCUGAUUUUCAUAUUGUCAUUGAUGCUUGUAUUGAUACUGCUCUUGAAAGGAUUAACCGAAGAAACAGAGUGGGAGAAAGCUCAGUCUACACCAAAGAUUAUUUGGAUAUGAUUGAGAGAUUCCACAAGGAUAUGUAUCAAUUGUUGGCUGAAAAUAAUAAUAAUGGUGUGAAUAGAAAGUUGUACAGAUUUGAUAACAAUACCAAUCACAACAUUACAUCCAUUGAUCAGAUUCCAAACCUAUUUCGAUCGAUGCCAUCUGUCUCUUCAGACUAA